AUUCUCCAAAACCCAAACCAAACACAAAACACACAGUUAACGGUGAACUAAUGAGUGUAGAUUGCGCGGGAAACAUCUUUCGUUUCCGCUCUUCCUCUACACCUCUUGUACUGUGCAGCAGCAGCUACAGGGGAUAGGCUGCAAUGUGUCCAUCAUGCGUUCCACUUGCAGCCGAAAAUGAAUAUUGGACGGAUGAGACAAUCUGUAUGUCCUUAUUCAACUUCAAAAGCGGGGAACCUCUACCCUUAAAUGUAACUUCAGACGUAAAUCCAUACCAACAUAAACCCUCAGAUCUACCUGCUGGUUUAUGGUACUUGUGCUCCGGGGUAAAAACGGAUGCAGAGUGUGGAUUCUGGCAGGAAACCGAGGCGGCUUGUGAGAUAUUUUCUAACGCUGUCAUCCUUGGUUUAAGAACUACUCUUCAGUUUCACGAGGGGCGGGCCCCACAUGGACGAAAGACUGAGUGGGUGAUGCAAGAAUAUAGAAUAACCAACAAGUAUGACAAUGAUCCGAUGGAUCUUAGAGCAUUAUGCAGAGUGUUUUUGGCUGAUGAAAAUAGACCACCCUCUGGGCACUGCACUGCUGAUAUUAACGUCAAAAUCUCCGUAAACUUCGGGCCAAAAGCAGUUUCGGCCAGUGACCCGGAAUCUCCGGGUCAUUUUCUUGAAAACUCAUCCGAACGGGAUUGUAUUUUGACGGGAGACUAUUUUGAGUUGAACGAUCUGGUCGAUCGGGGAUCGCGUUCUUCAAGUUCAUCCGAUUCAAGUGGUUUGACGAUGACUUCAGAAGAAUACGUUGACCCAAUAGCUCUCUUGCAAGAACUGCAGGAUGAUUUGAUAGAUCAAGAAAUGAAUGAUUCAAGUGGCAAAUUAAAUCCUUCUGCACCUGUAAAGUCAAAAGAAGUGGUGUUACACACUGCUACUUCAGUAGCGUAUCCACGAAACAACAAAGAGUGCAAACCUUCGUCUGAAAAGACCUCCAAAGCAGAAAAGAGGACCGCAAGCACUUCAAAUGGCGUUAAAAUGACAUCAUCUUCAAGUAUUUGUGAAAACACAUCCAAAGAGGGAAACAAUGAGCAUGUUAGGAGGACCAAAAGGCGUAAAAUUAUGAAGUAUUUAUGCUUCUUGGCAUUCUAAGUAGUUGCUUGCAUAACAAGAAAUGUUUCUUGAGAUAGAAGAAACCAUGAGGGUUGCUAAAUGAGGUGAGUUUUCUUUAUACCAGUGGUAAUUUGUGUUGUAAGAUAACACGUGAAUAGUGUAAUGGUAUGUGUAGCACCAGUACAAUGGUGAUUUCAUAUUUACUCGUCUUGUUUAAAACAUGUUUUGUACUCGAUAUUGUAUAAUAUAAUUGUGUUGUAAGAUAACAUGUGGAUAGUGUCAAUGGGUAUGUAUAACACUUGUUCAGUUGUGAUUUCA